CAUAGAAAACAUUUAUAUAAUAAAUAUAUUAUGAUACUGUAGGAAAAAAAAAAAAUAUUUAUUAUUCAUUAUACAUAUUACUAUCCUUAACUUCAUUGUAAAAUGCCACCUCACAAAAAAAUGAGAUCGAGAACGGAAGGAGACGUUAUUAAAUCAGGACCAUAUACCAACGAGGAGGAUGCUCAACUUAUAGAAUUAUAUGAACAACAUUCUGAUAAAGUAGAUAAGUGGAAAAUAAUCGCAGGUAAUUUAAAUCGUAAUUAUAAAAGUAUUCGUGAGCGAUAUGUCAAUCAUUUGGAUCAAACUAUUGAUAAAUCAGACCUAACAGCCGAUGAAAAACGCGAGAUUGAUGAUCUUCAAACUAACCCAUGUUAUAAUAAGAAAUAUCGCAACAAGUGGCCAGAAAUAGCAAAGAAAUUAUCAUUAAAUAGAAAACAAGGUAGAAGAACAGAAUUACAAAUUAAAAAUUAUUGGAAUAGUAAAGAACGAACUCAAAAACGUAAAAAUAAAAAUAAGGAACGAAGUUAUGAACGAAUUUCAAACAUCAUGAAUAUAAAAAAUAUUAUAAGAGACGUUUAAUCAAAUUCAUUCUUUUAAAUUAUUAUCAUCCGGUUUUUAAUUAUUGAGAUUAUAAUAAAUUCAAUAAAUC